UCAAAAUCCACCGUAUUCUAAACUCACCUUCUUUUUCCCAAACCUGCGUUUCGAAAAAGAAUCAUUUUCAUUCUCCAUACCAAAAAAACUGAAGAAGCCGCAAGAGAAAACCGAAGUUAACAUCACUGCACUACAAUGGCAGAAAAACCUCAACCGGUUCGGGUAUUAUACUGCCAGGUUUGCAGUUUACCCCCCGAGUAUUGCGAAUUCGGAUCCGAUUUCGAUAAAUGCAAACCCUGGUUGAUCCAAAACGUACCCGAUUUAUACCCUAAUCUUCUUAAUGAUGAGAAGGAAGCUGAUAAAGUUGCUGAUAAGUUACAAGCUACUGGUAUAUCUACUGCUUCUAGUGCUGGUGCUGCUUCUUCAGGGAAGCCAGAAGAGGUCAAACGCCUUCCAGGUGGGAAGAUAAAGAAGAAGGACAAGCAAGAGGUUAUAAUUGAGAAGGUUGUACGUAACAAACGAAAAUCUAUCACCACUGUUAAAGGCUUGGAACUUUUUGGUGUCAAGCUCAGUGAUGCUUCAAAAAAACUUGGCAAAAAGUUUGCUACAGGAGCUUCUGUCGUCAAGGGCCCAACUGAGAAAGAACAAAUUGAUGUUCAAGGGGAUAUAUCUUAUGACAUUGUGGAGUUCAUUACAGAUACAUGGCCUGAUGUUCCGGAAAGAGCAAUUUUCUUUAUAGAAGACGGGAAGAAGGUUCCAGCUGCUUGAUUUUGAGUAUUUAUUAAAAGACUCUGAACUGGUGGUUAGAAUCAGCUAUAAUUCUGUAUUUUGAAGGGAAUGGCUAAUAGAUUUGGUAUUUAAUGUUUAAACACUACUUUUAGCCACUGAAGCCCCCCUUUCCCCCCAUAACAAGUAUUAGGGCAUAAUUUAACGUAUAUUUUCAGUUACACUAUGUUCAAUCGUUUGCGUAUAGAUGCAAUAGGAUGAAAAAGGUUUAUUUACUUCAAUUUUGUACUAUUUUCUGAAA